AUGAGUAAAAAUCCUACCAUCAUAGAACAUGACAACCAUGAGUAUAUAUUUGAAGGCUUUUCUCUUUUGUCUCAUUAUCAACUUGAAAAUGUCCCUGUGUGUAAAGUGAUUCGUUUCAACAUAGAAUACACCAUUCAUUUCUUUGAAGAGAAAAUGCCUGAAAACUUUACACUAUAUAAUCUCUAUCUAUCUAUCUAUCUCUAUCUAUCUAUCUAUCUAUCUAUCUAUCUAUCUAUCUCUGUUUAUAUCUAUAUCUAUCUAUCUAUCUAUCUCUAUCUCAGACUGUUUAUAUAUAUAUAUAUCUAUCUCAGACUGUUUAUAUAUAUCUAUCUAUCUCAGUCUGUUUAUAUAUAUAUAUCUAUCUAUCUCAGUCUGUUUAUAUAUAUCUAUCUAUCUCAGUCUGUUUAUAUCUAUCUAUCUAUCUAUCUAUCUAUCUAUCUAUCUAUCUAUCUCAGUCUGUUUAUAUAUAUCUAUCUAUCUCUGUCUGUUUAUAUCUAUCUAUCUAUCUAUCUAUCUAUCUAUCUAUCUCUAUCUAGUCUGUUUAUAUCUAUCUAUCUAUCUAUCUAUCUAUCUAUCUAUCUAAGUCUGUUUAUAUAUAUAUAUCUCUCUCAGUCUGUUUAUAUAUAUCUAUCUCUCUCAGUCUGUUUAUAUAUAUCUAUCUCUCUCAGACUGUUUAUAUAUAUCUAUCUCUCUCAGACUGUUUAUAUCUAUCUAUCUAUCUAUCUAUCUAUCUAUCUAUCAUAA